AUGGCUUCUAACUUGUCAUUGGAAUUUUUAGCAAAUGCUCUAAUGAGUAGCCUCGAUCGUGGCAAGAUAUUUCCACCCCAAUUGAACAAUCCUGAAGAGUUGUUAUCAGCUCAUUAUAAUAGAAUUAGCCCACCUACACGACCACCUAACGGAUUUCUUUUGUGCAGGAAAAACGUCCAUUUCGAAGCGAAACAACAAGGACAUUGCAAUAUGCGUGUGAUUUCCAAAGUGACCGGGAUACUUUGGAGAACUGCAUCUGCUGAAGAGAAAGAGGCUUAUGAACAAUUAGCUCAAGCAGUUAACUAUGUUUAUGCGCAGCGGUAUCAUCUCGACAAUAAUAAUUAUUAUUACAUGCGUAACAUGCAAAAUUCUUAUGUGCCAAUGGGUUUCUACCCUCCUCAGCAAGUUGAUUGUCCUGCUAAUAUUCCCAUUUAUCCGGAUUUAUCCAUGUUUGUUAAUAUGCAGCCAGAAUAUUUUCCGUAUGAAUGCGAGAUGAAUGGAAACCAAGGAUUUAAUCCAUUUUAUUAUACUCAACCGAGAAUUCAAUAA